AUGGCCAAUAACAAUAAGCUGGAUUUGGUCACUUCGGAUUUGUUCAACGACCAACUCACUCUGGGUCUGUUGACCGUUCUCGAGAACACUGCCGGAGUGAGAAACGUAACUGUCAAACAGAGUCUGCCGUGUGACAAGGCCAAAAUAGGCUUGUGGGAGCACCGGAACGCGUGUCUGCUACCGGAUGACCUCAGGUCGUUUUAUGCAUCGUGCGACGGGUUCAAGUUGACUUGGUCGUACAGAGUCGAAGGCAUCACGUCUGACGUGACGGCUGCUGCCAUCGGCGGCGCGUCCAACUUGCCCAUCGGAAACAUCACCGUGAACCCGCUGUCCGAUCUGGUCCGGCUGUGCGACGUCAAUACGGACACGGUCAAUGUGAACGUGAUGCGUGACCUGCAGCUGCUGGACCGGCUGUCCGACAGGAACACACCGGACUUCACGGAGAACUCAAAGAUAUUCGAGCUGGACUCGAUCCCGGACGUGGGCCAAGUGUGUCUGGUGUACCCCGACGGCCGGGCGGCGGCGGCUAGCCGACCCGAAGAGCAUCCGCGCGAAGAGCCCAACGGAGCGUCGGUCUGGCUGCUGGACACCUCGUACCGGUGGCACUUCCUCGCCCCAAACUUCAGCAACUACUUCCGAAAGGCCCUGGUGCACAUGGGCCUGCCCCACUGGCAACUGAAGUUCACCGACAUGGGACUCACGUCAAUCGGCGAGUUUUUCAUGAAUUUGGUGGCCCCUCAAUUGAACGUGACCAAUCGAGUUCCUGCAAUUGGCCAAUUGGACGACGAUGAACAGUCUACCACAGAUAGCAUAUCGCUAAACCACAUUGAUCCUUGUAUUUUAAAAACCAUGUUCAAAAUGUCCAAAAGUAAAAAAAAUGCAAACAAAUAA